AUGUAUCGUGGCUGUUAUAUGCGAUGGUUGGCAUUGGAAGUGAAAAAGAGCAGAUAUCUUCGCACUCAUUUGCAAAUCCAUUUGGUUUUCACCAGGGACUCAACUGAAUCUCUCGUUUACGAUAUUCUACAACUGAAUGUGCUGCACACAAGCCGCCUCAUGUUUCAGUUGAACUUAUCUAGUUCCACACUGCCAAUCUCGAGUAGUCCAGUGGUUGCGCUGGCCUGGCCACGUGCUGCGUAUGCCAGUCGACCGACUUCCUCGAAGGGUCCUUCUUGCACAACCACGUGA